AUGCAGAUAAUUUCUGCCUGCAGACAAAAAGGUGUGGGCUCUGCUAUGAAUCAGUGUGAGGAGACAGAGGAGGGAGUCCCUCCAUCUAAAACCACUCUGUGUGGAGAACCUGACAGCCAGACCAAAGCUCAGAGGGUUCACCAGCAACGACCAGCCUCUCCUGCACCCAGCGUAGUGUCCAUGAAGAGUGACAGUUCCAUGUUUCAGCCUAUAAAUUUCAAGGAUGGAGAUCAAUCUGCUGAAGAAAGAGUUCAGCAGGUUCUUGGUGGUCGGUCUGUCCAGCAGCAUCCAACAGACCUGGACUCCAUAUUUAGGAAUCUUGAAGAAAACGUUAUCACCUUUGUGAAGAAUGAGUUGGAGAAGUUCCAGAAAGUGUUGAGUGCAGAUGACCCAGAAUGCUCGGAGAAGCAGAGUGAGGAUGAGGAGGUGGUGGACGGUGAGGAGGAGGAGCAAAGGAGGAGCAACAGAGAGGCAUUUCUGAAGAUCACGCUGAACUUCCUGAGGAGAAUGAAGCAGGAGGAGCUGGCUGACUGUCUGCAGAGCAGAACUGUUGCUCCAGUUUGUCGUCAACUCAAAUCUAACCUUCAGAAGAAGUUCCAGUGUGUGUUUGAAGGGAUCGCUAAAGCAGGAAACCCAACCCUUCUGAAUCAGAUCUACACAGAGCUCUACAUCACAGAGGGAGGGACUGCAGAGGUCAACGAUGAACAUGAAGUCAGACAGAUUGAAACAGCAUCCAGGAAACCACACAGACCAGAAACAACAAUCAAACAAGAAGACAUCUUUAAAGCCUCACCUGGAAGAGACAAACCAAUCAGAAUAGUGAUGACCAAGGGGGUGGCUGGCAUUGGGAAAACAGUGUUAACACAGAAGUUCACUCUGGACUGGGCUGAAAACAAAGCCCACCAGGACAUACAGCUCACAUUUCCAUUUACUUUCAGAGAGCUGAAUGUGCUGAAAGGGAAAAAGUUCAGCUUGGUGGAACUUGUUCAUCACUUCUUCAGUGAAACCAAAGAAAUCUGCAGCUUUGAAGAGUUCCAGGUUGUUUUCAUCUUUGACGGUCUGGAUGAGUGUCGACUUCCUCUGGACUUCCACAACACUGAGAUCCUGACUGAUGUUACAGAGUCCACCUCAGUGGAUGUGCUGCUUACAAACCUCAUCAGGAGGAAACUGCUUCCCUCUGCUCACCUCUGGAUAACCACACGACCUGCAGCAGCCAAUCAGAUCCCUCCUGAGUGUGUUGACAUGGUGACAGAGGUCAGAGGGUUCACUGACCCACAGAAGGAGGAAUACUUCAGGAAGAGAUUCAGAGAUGAGGAGCAGGCCAGCAGAAUCAUCUCCCACAUCAAGACAUCACAAAGCCUCCACAUCAUGUGCCACAUCCCAGUCUUCUGCUGGAUCACUGCAACUGUUCUAGAGGAUGUGUUGAAGACCAGAGAGGGACAAGAGCUGCCCAAGACCCUGACUGAGAUGUACAUCCACUUCCUGGUGGUUCAGUCCAAAGUGAAGAAUGUCAAGUAUGAUGGAGGAGCUGAGACAGAUCCACACUGGACUCCAGAGAGCAGGACAAUGAUUGACUCUCUUGGAAAACUGGCUUUUGAGCAGCUGCAGAAAGGAAACCUGAUCUUCUAUGAAUCAGACCUGACAGAGUGUGGCAUCGAUAUCAGAGCAGCCACAGUGUACUCAGGAGUGUUCACACAGAUCUUUAAAGAGGAGAGAGGACUGUACCAGGACAAGGUGUUCUGCUUUGUCCAUCUGAGUGUCCAGGAGUUUUUAGCUGCUCUUCAUGUCCAUCUUACAUUCAUCAACUCUGGAGUCAAUCUGCUGGCAGAAGGAAAACAAACUGCCUGGUGGUCUAAACUAUUUCAAAAUCAACAUCUCUACCAGAGUGCUGUGGACGAGGCCUUACAGAGUCCAAAUGGACACCUGGACUUGUUCCUCCGUUUCCUCCUCGGUCUUUCACUACAGACCAAUCAGACUCUCCUACGAGGUCUGAUGACACACACAGGAAGUAUUUCACAGACCAAUCAGAAAACAGCCGACUACAUUAAGAAGAAGAUCAGUGAAAAUUUGUCUCCAGAGAGAAGCAUCAGUCUGUUCCACUGUCUGAAUGAACUGAAUGAUGGUUCUCUAGUGGAGGAGAUCCAACAGUACCUGAGAUCAGGAAGUCUCUCCACAGAUAAACUGUCUCCUGCUCAGUGGUCAGCCCUGGUCUUCAUCUUACUGUCAUCAGAAAAAGAUCUGGACGUGUUUGACCUGAAGAAAUACUGUGCUUCAGAGGAGGCUCUUCUGAGGCUGCUGCCAGUGGUCAAAGCCUCCAACAAAGCUCUGCUGAGUGGCUGUAAUCUGUCAGAGAGAAGCUGUGAAGCUCUGUCCUCAGUUCUCAGCUCCCUGUCCUCUCGUCUGAGAGAACUGGAUCUGAGUAACAAUGACCUGCAGGAUUCAGGAGUGAAGCUGCUGUCUGUUGGACUGAAGAGUUCACACUGUAAACUGGAGACUCUCAGGCUGUCAGGCUGUAUGAUCACAGAGGAAGGCUGUACUACUCUGGCCUCAGCUCUGAGAUCCAACCCCUCCCAUCUGAGAGAGCUGGACCUGAGCUACAAUCAUCCAGGAGACUCAGGAGCGAAGCUGCUGGACUGUUUCAGGGUGGAACAUGGUGGAGAGCAGAGGCUGAAACCUGGUCUGAGGAAGUAUGUCUGUGAACUCACAGUCGACACAAACACAGUAAACAGAUUCCUCAAACUGUCUGACAACAACAGGAAGGUGACACAUGUGAGAGAGUAUCAGCCAUAUCCUGAUCAUCAGGAGAGGUUUGACUUAUUGCCUCAACUGCUGUGUAGAAAUGGUUUGACUGGUCGCUGUUACUGGGAGGUUGAGUGGAAAGGAGGAGUUGAGAUAUCAGUGAGUUACAGAGGAAUCAGGAGGAGAGGAAACAGUGAUGACUGUGUGUUUGGACGGAAUAAUCAGUCCUGGAGUCUGAGCUGCUCUGAUGAUGGUGGUGGUUGUUACUCUGUCUGUCACAAUAAGAGAAAAACAUACCUCUCCUCCUCCUCCUCCUCCUCCUCCUCCUCCUCCUCCAUCUCUAACAGAGUAGGAGUGUAUCUGGACUGUCCUGCUGGCACUCUGUGCUUCUACAGAGUCUCCACUGACUCACUGAUCCACCUCCACACCUUCAACACCACAUUCACUGAACCUCUUUAUCCUGGGUUCUUGUUCUGGUUAUCUGGUUCCUCAGUGUCUCUGUAGGAGGACACACACACACAAACACACACACACACACACACACACACACACACACACACACA